AUGGACGUGCUGUUGCCUUCGGGGCACGGGCAAGCCAUCGUCGGGGCAGCGUCCACGGACGCCGACGCCGAUGAGCUUGCAGGGCUAGUCUCCCAGCACGCGUGGCGCGCGAUGGCGCGGCUAUGGCCGGACCCUGAGGACGUUCAUGUAGCGUGGGGUGUGCGCUCGGUGCUCGCACGAUUCGCGACCGACGUCACGCCCGACACCGAGGAUGCUAGGCUCGUGCUCGCCCGCGUCGGCCUCGCCACCUGGCAGGACUCCUUUGAGGAGACCACGUUCCUAGAGGUCAAGCUAUUGGAGCACCUGGAGACUAGCAGCGACGACAACGACAACAACCUCGUGCUCAUCAUCAGCCUCAUGGCGUUCCUGCUCUACCGCCACGUCGUCUUGUUCGACCACAUUGAUGAUUCCUCCAGCAAGGCCGACACGGCCACGACGGCGGUGAAUAGGCUCUCGACGCCGAGGUUCACCCUCAACCUCAACCUAGAGGUGCUGCAGUGCUUGAUCACGCUGGAGCUGAUGAUGGACCCGAUAACGGUGGCCACCGGGCAGACAUAA